UUAAAAAAAAAAAAAAGAAAAAAAAAGAAGAAAGGGGGGGUAAAGAGAUCGCUCCUCCCUCUCCACUCCCACCUCUUCGAUCGAUCUCUCUCUCUCUCUCUCUCUCCCCCCUCCUCAAUUUUGAGGUUGGGGAAUCGAAUCGCGUCGGAUCGUGUGGAGAUCUCUUCGUUCUACCGAUUCAGUAAGUCAAUUGAGGGAGAGAAACAUUUGGGAAUGCUGAAAGAUGUGGUUGCACAGCGAGAAAAUCUUUUCUGAGGUAAAUGAGAUUACACCUCGAUUCGAGCCUUCUUUGGCGAUUCUCGAUGAGUGCAACCAGAAUACCCAUAUAAAACACUUUUUCCAUGUACAAAGGUUCGAUGAAGCUGUGAGAAUUCAAUCCGUCAUGUUAAUUCAUGACAUCGGCGACGAUGGUUGAAAUCGUGUGCGCUUAUAAUAACCCUUUGUUUUUCUUUAACUAAAAAAUAAAACACUAGGAAGGUUAGGAUAGUGUUGCUUUCGGCUUGCGUUUAGAUAUCUAAUCAAGAAUGGAGAGAAGAGGAAGUGUUUUGAUGCAAAGAUACGAAAUAGGGAGGUUAUUAGGACAAGGAACAUUCGCGAAAGUAUAUUACGCUAGGAAUAUCAAUUCGGGCCAGAGUGUUGCUAUAAAGACGAUCGAUAAAGAGAGAGCUUUGAAGGUCGGGCUUAUGGAUCAAAUCAAGAGAGAGAUAUCAGGGAUGAGGCUAGCGAAGCACCCGAACAUUGUAGAACUCCACGAGGUGAUGGCAACGAAGAACAAGAUUUACUUUGUCAUGGAGUAUGUUAAAGGGGGUGAGCUCUUCAACAAAGUAGCCAAAGGCAAGCUCCCGGAGGAAGUCGCAAGGAAGUACUUUCAACAACUGAUAAGUGCGGUGGAUUAUUGCCAUAGUAAAGGUGUCUAUCAUCGAGAUUUAAAACCUGAGAACUUACUUUUGGAUGAGAAUGAGAACUUGAAAGUCUCGGAUUUCGGUUUAAGUGCCAUAGCCGAGUCUACGAAGCAAGACGGCUUACUCCACACCACUUGCGGGACCCCUGCUUAUGUGGCCCCUGAGGUGAUAAGUAGAAAAGGAUACGACGGUGAGAAAGCCGAUAUAUGGUCCUGUGGUGUGGUUUUGUUUGUGCUUGUGGCCGGCUAUCUUCCUUUCCAUGAUUUAAAUUUAAUGGACAUGUAUCGGAAGAUCGCAAAUGGUGAAUUCAAAUGCCCAAGCUGGUUCUCCCCUGAGCUUAAAAGGCUGACUAAGAAGAUCUUAGACCCGAACCCAAGUACUAGGAUUUCGAUCUCAAAGAUAAAGGAAAGUUCUUGGUUCAGAAAGGGGUCGGAUGAGAAACUAUUGAGAAAAGGAAAAACAAAUGUCCGAGCGGCUGUUGCUAUUCAUAAUAGCAGCACUGCCGAUGUUAAGCCAGAUUCGGUGAAACUUGCAAACUUGAACGCAUUCGACAUCAUCUCCUUUUCGACGGGAUUUGAUCUUUCGGGCUUAUUUGAGGAAAGGGAAUGCAAGAGAGAAGCACGAUUUACUUCCAGGCGGCCCGCACUUGACAUCAUUUUGAAGAUUCAGGAUAUAGCCAGGAGAUUAAAUCUAAAAGUGAAGAAGAAGGAGAAUGGGAUCUUGAAAAUGGAAGGAUUAAAUGAUGGGAGGAAGGGUGUUCUAGAAAUCGACGUGGAGAUUUUCGAGAUCGGCCCCUCCCUUCAUCUCAUAGAGAUUAAGCAAACAAAUGGAGAUUCUUCAGAGUAUCAACAGUUGUUGGAAGAACAAGUAAGGCCAGCUCUCGAGGAAAUAGCUUGGGCCUCACAAUGUGAUCAGCCGCAGCUGUAGUGAUCGUCGGCUCAUUAAAAUUGAGGAAUUGAAUGCUAAAUUUCCCAGGAUUUCCUUGUUCGAGUUAUCUCCACCAGAUGUAACCAUUCACGCUUACUGUUGUCUCUUUUUCAAUUAUCUUGUUUCUGGAACUUUAGUCUACAACUGUUGUCGUGAACUCAUUCAGAAAAAGUCUAACAAAUGUUGUUGUGUGAUUUUCUAA